AUGGCCGAAGCGCACUCCGCCGUCGCCUUCUCCUUCCAAGUGACGCACGAAGGCAUGUCCUCCACUGCUGUGUGGCUCUCGGGGCUGCGCUCGUGGCGGAACCGCUUCUCGCGCUUCGGGAACAACUUCGCGUCCGGGAUCUACCCGUCGUCCGUCGAGUUCCUCAUAACCAUCGUCGCCGUCGUGCUCUCCGCGCAUCUCCUGCUCCACCGCGACCUCAGCUGCGGUCUCGUGUCUCUCGUCGACGCGGCGCUGCAGUCGUGGCUGUCGUCGGAGGUGUCGUCAGUGGUGUCGUGCGUCGCCUUCGCUGUCGUCCUUUGGCUCUUCAAAAUGCUUUUCAUGCGAUAUUCGCUCAAAUUGCUGCUCAUGUAUAAGCAGUGGAUGUACGAGUCGCGCGCCAACAACAAGCCGUCCACGACGACCAAACUGUGGCUGCUGCUGAUCCGCGCGCUCACGCUCACGAAGUCGCCGCAACUCUACUCCUACCAGGCGUCGUUGCCGCGCCUCCCGCUUCCGCCCCUCCACACCACUAUUGACCGCUACCUCCUGUCUGUGCGCGCGCUCCUCGACGACCGCGAGUUCGAGCGCACGCGCCGUCUGGCGGAGGAGUUCCGCGACGGCGUCGGCCGCAAGUUCCAGCGCUACCUGUGGCUCAAGAGCUGGUGGUCCAGCAAUUACGUCAGCGACUGGUGGGAGGAGUUCGUGUAUCUGCGCGGCCGACAGCCCCUCAUGGUCAACUCCAACUUCUACGGCAUCGACGCUCUGAUGGACGGCCCGACCAAUAGUCAGACGGCGCGCGCCGCGAACCUCGUCUACGCCGCGCUCCUCUUCCGCAAACAGAUCGCGCGCCAGGAGCUCAAGCCGAUCCUGGUGCAAAACCUUGUGCCGCUGUGCUCCGCGCAAUACGAGCGCAUGUUCAACACGACGCGCGUUCCCGGCCGCGACGCCGACCGCAUCCAGCACUUGGACGACUCGCCGCACAUUGUUGUGCUGCACGCGGGCAAGUUCUACAAACUCACCAUCCACCACAGGGGGCGCCUCCUGCUGCCCAAACAGCUCCAACAGCUGUUGCGCCAGAUAGUGGCCGACCAGUCGCCCGCAGCCGCCGGCGAAUCAAAAUUGGCGUCGUUGACGGCCGCAGAGCGCGGGGUGUGGGCGGAGACGCGCGCGCAGUUCUUCGCGAAGGGCAUCAACCGCGUGUCGCUCGCGGCCGUGGAGAAGGCGGCCUUCGUGCUCGUGCUCGACUCGGAGGACUUCGAGUUCGCGACCGCCGACCAGUUGGACACUUACGGCCAGCUGCUGCUGCACGGGAAGGGAAACGAUCGUUGGUUCGACAAGAGCUUCAACCUCAUCGUCGCGCGCAACGCCAGAGUCGGCUUCAACGGCGAGCACUCGUGGGCAGACGCGCCCGUCAUGGCGCACUUGUGGGAAUUCGUGCUUCACUACGACUUCCAUGUUCUGCAAUACGACGCCGACGGCGACUGUCGUCUUGGCAACGGCUUCGACGCGUCGCCGCCCAUUCGCCUGCAGUGGGAAUUCCCCGACGCCCUCUGUCACGUGAUCGACCAGAGCUACGAGAACGCGCAAUGCGUGUUGAAAGACGUGGAUCUGCGGCUCUUCCGUCACGACGCGUACGGAAAGGGAUUCAUAAAGACGUGUCGCGUCUCUCCCGACGCCUACAUCCAGAUGGCGCUGCAGUUGGCGUAUCUGCGCGACGUCGGCCACCUCUCGCUCACCUACGAGGCCUCCAUGACGCGACUCUUCCGCGAGGGCCGCACCGAAACCGUGCGCCCCGUCACCGUCCAGUCCGCCGCCUUCGUGCGCGCAGUGGCCGCCGGCCAACCCCCCGACACGUGCCGGGAGUUGCUGCGCGUGGCCUGCGCCCGGCACCAGCGCGCCUAUCAGGAGGCGAUGUGCGGGAAGGGCGUGGACAGACACCUCUUCUGUCUCUACGUCAUCUCCCAAUACCUGGAAGUGGACUCGCCUUUCCUCAAACAGGUGCUGUCCGAGCCCUGGAAGCUCAGCACUUCCCAAACCCCACAUGGCCAGGUCGGCCUCCUCUCCAAAUGCAUCUCCGCGGGCGGCGGCUUCGGGCCGGUGGCCGACGACGGCUACGGCGUCUCUUAUAUAGUGGCCGGCGAGGAGACAAUCUUCUUCCACAUCUCUUCGAAGAGCAGUUCCCGAACCACAGACUCGCGCCGCUUCGCCGACAACGUGGACCGCGCGCUCCGCGACCUGCGCGCGCUCUUCCUCUGA